UUUUGAUAUUUUAAUUCUUCAUUUAUUUUUUUUCUACACGUGCUACUUGCAGCAGAUUUAUUUUAGUUUAUUAGUUUUAAAAUGGAACUAUUUACAGUAAAUCGCUAUGUGGAACAGGACUUGCAGGGAAAGCCAACAAAUGAAGAUGAAAUUUUACAAAAUCUCUUAAAGAAAGUGGAAAAACGUAAACGCAAACAAAUAAAAACUAAGGAACAGAUUGAUGAAGUGGAAAAUGAAGCGGUAAAGGUCAAACAAUUAAAACAGGAAGAAAGUAUAAAAACGGUAGAGGCAAAAGAAGAAAUAGAUCCCAUUAAUGAAGGUAUUGAGCAGGCUAACGAAAAUGCUGAAGAAGAGGAAACAAGUGGUUUUGUGGUAUUGGGUGAUGAGAAUGAUGCACGUAAACGUCAAAGUGUGGAAGUGGUUUUGCCUUCAUGGUUAGCUCAUCCCACUAUAGUGUCCACCAGCAUUGCCAAAACUAACGAUGAGGAUGAAAGCAAUAUCUCUCAAAUGUCUUACUUGGCUCCUCACAUACGUGGUGCUCUUAAGGAAAUGAAUAUUAGUAGACUCUUUCCGGUACAAUUGGCGGUAGUGCCAUGGAUUUUGGAGGCACACUCUAAACCAACUCCCUUUCGACCUAGAGAUAUUUGUGUCUCUGCUCCUACUGGUAGUGGUAAAACUUUAGCUUUUGCUAUACCAGUUGUGCAGUUGCUGUCGCAACGUGUGGAACGUAAAAUCCGUGCCUUGGUAAUAUUGCCCGUGGCUGAGUUGGCCCAUCAAGUAUUCCGAGUGUUUAAAAAACUUUGUGACAAAACUGAUUUGUCAGUUUGUUUACUCUCCACCCAAGUGCCCUUUCACGUAGAACAAGAGAAAUUAGUGGAGCAAUAUAAGGGACAAUACUAUUCAAAAGUAGAUAUUAUUGUGACAACACCUGGUCGACUGGUCGAUCAUUUGCAUGCUACUAAAGGUUUCUGUCUUAAGGAAUUGAAAUUUCUGGUCAUUGACGAGGCUGAUCGUAUUAUGGAUGCCGUUUUCCAAAACUGGCUCUAUCAUUUAGAUGCUCAUGUACGUACCACUUCGGAUCAGUUGUUGUCGGGUAGAGCUGCUCCCUUGUGUUAUAAUGAAUUGGAAAUAUCAAGUGGUUGUCAACCCCACAAGCUGUUAUUCUCAGCCACUCUAUCACAAGAUCCAGAAAAGUUACAAAGUUUGCGCUUGUUUCAACCAAAACUUUUCACUUCUGUUUUGGAGAGUCUACAAGAGUUGCGUCAGAAAUAUGCCGAUGCCCAUGCUGAAAACGAGUUGGCACGAGGAGAGUUCAUUGGCAAAUAUACUACACCAGCGGAAUUAACAGAAAAAUUCUGCAUAACAGAGGGACGUUUGAAACCUUUGACAUUGUUCUCUCUAAUCAAGCAAUAUCAAUGGACAAAAUUCUUAUGUUUCACCAACAGUGUAGAGUCUUCUGGAAGAUUGGCCUUUGUCUUAAAACAACUUUUUAAUAAAGAUUUAGUUAUAGAAGAACUGUCUGCCUCCAUUAAUGUCAAGGAAAGAUCAAAUAUAUUGGGUUCUUUCGCAAGAGGAAGAAUAAAUGGUGUGGUUUGUUCUGAUGCUUUGGCUCGUGGUAUUGAUAUACCCGAUGUGGAUAUAGUGAUUUCCUAUGAUCCACCGCGACACAUUAAAACCUAUAUCCACCGUAUUGGUCGUACAGCUCGUGCUGGACGUCCUGGCACAGCCAUUACCUUGUUAACACAAAAGGAACAAAAAGAAUUUGAUAAAACUUUGGCUGAAGUUGGCAAAGUAAUAACUGACGAAUUGAUCGCUUCUACUUCAAUGGAAGAAACAUAUGCCAAUGAAUAUUCCUCGGCUUUGAAUGCCUUACGUAAUAAGGUUACCCACGAUAAACGUUUUAAAUUGUUGAAAAAGGAACGUGCCAAGGAGAAGGCUUUACUGCACAAGGACACUUCUAAGAUGUCGUUGAUGGAAAAACUCCAGUUACAGGCCAGCACACAAGUUCACGAAAAAACUGAAGAGCAGCCCGUUUUAAGUAGUAAAAAGAAUCCCAGUAAAAAGUUUAAGCCUAAAAAAGAGAAGAAAAAGAAACAAAAAUAAAAUGUGUAUUAUGUAAACAUAA